GUCCGGACUUACUGAAAUUAUUUUAACCGGCAACUACUUCGCACAAAUGUCUAUAUCUUUAGAAACUGACGGUUCUACAAGGGAAGAACAAAUAAUACAUUCUGUGCCAUGCUUAAUUAAUCACAAUAGUUAUGCUAAAGUAGAAUCAUUCUUCAUAACCUCACAUAAUGAUGAAACAGGAUUAUUGAAGUCUUCAUUCAGAGGUAGACCAUUGCAGGGAAAGGAGAUAAAUAUACCUAAAGGAUAUGAAGGUAGUGUUUUGGUUGAAAAAAAUGGGAUAAUAAGCGAUCAUCAGAAACGUCAAAUUACACUUGGUGGUUAUUUUGAUAAAUUUAGUUAUUGGAAUCUGGAGAUGUUACCUAAACAGAAUGUUAUAUUAGAUGGAUUUGAUUGGCUGGGUGGAGCAGAAACGCUACAUGCACCUAUUAUUAAAGAAAAAGUUGAAAAGUUCGAUGUAGAAAAUUCCACUUAGAGUUUUCGAAUUCAUCUAAUCUAGCUGUUAUACCAUAGUGUAACUAUUUAUACCAUAGUGUAAAAAUUAUUUGAUUCUGUACGUGUAUGAUUUAAUAUGUAUUUUUAAUUUCAAGUUAUUAUAAUGUA